AUGCCGCCCACCAAGCUGCCGGAGAACGGCAACCCACUGGUCUUCUUUGACAUCACAUUAGGCGGCGAGCCCCUCGGCCGGAUCACAUUCGAGCUCUUCAAGGACGUAGUCCCCCGCACGGCCGAGAACUUCCGGCAGUUCUGCACCGGCGAGACCAAGAACAACCAGGGCCGGCCGCAGGGCUACAAGGGCUCGAGGUUUCACCGGAUCAUCCCCAGCUUCAUGUGCCAGGGCGGCGACUUCCUCAACGGCGACGGCACCGGGUCGACGUGCAUCUACGGCACCAAGGCGUUUGCCGACGAGAACUUUGCGCUCAAGCACGACCAGGAGGGCCUCCUGUCCAUGGCUAACGCCGGCCCGAACACGAACGGCUCCCAGUUCUUCAUCACGACGGUGCCCACGCCGUUCCUGGACGGCAAGCACGUCGUCUUCGGCAAGGUCGUCGACGGCAUGGACGUCGUCAAAAAGAUGGAGGCGACCAAGACGGGCCGCCGCGGGCGCGACGUGCCGGACCUGGAUGUGAUUAUUGCCCAGUGCGGUGAGAUGUAG